GCCAAACUCACACCAGCCAGCUGUGAUGAUGUCCUCGGCCCUUCGCAGCGUGGUGUCGUCGGCCAUGCGCGCGGCGACCCGUCCGUCCACGACGGCAUGGAAGUCGUUGAAGCCACCGCACAUCCACAGCGCCUUGCCUUUUGCAAGUCGAUUGUUCUCGGACAAGAUUCGCGUCACGUUUGUCGAAGCGGAUGGAGCCAAGAAGGAAGUGACGGCGGCCAUCGGUGAAACAUUUCUCGAAAUCGCCCACAACAAUGACAUCGAGCUGGAGGGAGCAUGCGGCGGAGAGCUCGCUUGCUCUACUUGCCACUGCGUGUUUGAACCGGCCGUCUACGCGACGCUACCGCCAAUUACGGAAGAGGAAGAAGACAUGCUCGACAUGGCGUGGGGCCUCACUGACACGUCGCGACUCGGGUGCCAAAUCAAAGCCACUCCUGAGAUGGAUGGUAUCACCGUCACGAUCCCCGACGGUUCGAACAACAUGCUGUGAGCGAGUCGUCGCAGAUAAAUAGCCAACUUACUAGUCCUACUGCUCCCUCGUCAUGCGACUAGUAUUGUUCCUCUUCCUGGCA